AUCUCUUCUUUCCUAUUUCCUCCGUUCCACCCAUAUCCCCCCCUAUUUUUCUCUCAGUUUUCUUUCUUUCUUUGAAUCAAUAGAAAAAGCUAAAAUUCAAGAAAAAUCGUAGCCCGGAUUUCAAUUCCUUACCAUGAUCAAAUCCUAGCCUUGGAUUUUCGUUCCAUACUCCCCAAAAACCAAAAAUGAAGAGAGAUCAUCAGGCUAUCAGUGGAGCCGGCGGCGGUGGUUGUGGAAUUAGCAGUGGCUCAAAGGGUGAGAGCUCAAUCACUAACAAAGGGAAAUUAUGGGAAGAAGAUCAAGAUGCCGGCGACAUGGACGAGCUAAUGGCCGUUUUGGGUUACAAAGUUCGGUCUUCAGACAUGGCGGAUGUGGCUCAAAAAAUGGAACAGUUGGAUAUGGUUAUGGGAACUGCUCAAGAAGAUGGGAUUUCACAUCUUGCUUCUGAUAGAGUUCAUUACAAUCCUUCGGAUCUUUCGAGUUGGGUUCAAAGCAUGUUGACUGAGUUGAACAAUCCUGUUCUCCCUAAUUCGGAUUCCAAUUCUUCAAAGACACAGCAAAAGCAACAAAUUGUUAGCAACAACCAAUCCCAGGUUUAUAACGAUGAUUCCGAGUACGAUCUGAGGGCAAUUCCCGGGGUUUUUGCUUAUCCACAAACAAAACGGAUCAAAACCUCCACGGGAACUGAUUCAUCUUCUUCACCACCAACUGAGUCAUCAACUCGGCCUGUUGUCUUGGUUGACUCACAGGAAGCUGGGGUUCGACUGGUUCACACCUUGAUGGCUUGUGCGGAAGCUGUCCAACAACAGAAUCUCAAGCUGGCUGAUGCUUUAGUCAAACAUAUAGGCUUACUUGCCGCGUCUCAAGCUGGUGCCAUGAGGAAAGUGGCUACGUAUUUUGCUGAAGCCUUAGCUCGUCGAAUCUAUGGCGUUUACCCACAAGACUCGCUUCACCCUUCCUACACUGAUAUGCUGCAGAUGUACUUCUACGAAACUUGCCCUUACUUGAAAUUCGCUCAUUUUACAGCCAAUCAAGCAAUACUGGAAGCUUUUGCAACGUCAAACAGAGUACACGUUGUUGAUUUCGGGUUAAAUCAGGGGAUGCAAUGGCCGGCUUUAAUGCAAGAGCUUGCAUUAAGACCAGGUGGGCCGCCUGUUUUCAGGUUGACGGGCAUUGGCCCUCAUCAACCGGAUAAUACCGAUGCUUUGCAGCAAGUGGGAUGUAAGUUAGCUCAGUUAGCUGAAACUAUUGGCGUCAGAUUUGAGUUCAGGGGAUUAAUGGUCAAUAGUUUGGCAGAUCUCGAGCCCAAAAUGCUCGAUAUCCGACCUCCUGAGGUUGAGACGCUGGCAGUAAAUUCCGUUUUCGAACUUCACCGUCUUCUUGCUCGACCUGGUGGGAUAGAAAAGGUUCUUUCGUCGAUCAAAACCAUGAAGCCCAAAAUUCUCACGAUUGUAGAAGAAGAAGCGAAUCAUAACAGUCCUGUUUUCGUAGACCGCUUCACUGAAGCUCUACAUUACUAUUCUAGCCUUUUUGACUCGUUAGAAGGCUCAGGGGUGGCGCCACCACCAAGUCAGGACCUGGUUAUGUCAGAGUUGUAUCUGGGAAGACAGAUUUGUAAUGUGGUUGCUUGUGAAGGGGUAGAGCGAGUUGAACGACAUGAGACGCUGGCUCAGUGGAGGUUUCGGAUGGAAACAUCCGGCUUCUGUCCAGUUCACUUGGGCUCAAAUGCUUACAAGCAAGCCAGCAUGCUGUUGGCUCUGUUUGCUGGAGGUGACGAGUACAGAGUGGAGGAGAAUGAUGGGUGUUUAACGCUUGGGUGGCAUACAAGACCGCUUAUUGCCACCUCAGCUUGGCAACUCGCCGCCGUCGUGUGAGGACUGAGUUUACUCGAGUAGUUGAAGAGAAUGGAGAUGAUUGAACCGAGUUUCAUGCAAUCUGAACGAAUUGAUGAGACGAGAUGCGCCCGAAUUAAAAGGACAAUUCCAGUUGUGUAACUCCAAUUAUAUCUUUCUGCUUUUCUACUAGUUUUUGUAGGGUAGUGUUUUUCUAAUGGAAGACUUUGUAAUUUUCAAGGUUAUAUCAUAUUGAAAGGCAUAUAUUGUUUUUCA